CUCAACUCUUCUGCUGUCAGUUUCCAGUGGUUGUCAUGGAUGAAGCAGGUUGUCGCAUCUGGUUUAAAAAGGACAACGAGCAUGGCCUCCCCAAUUCUUUCAUCUACCUCAACCUCAUUAGUUCAGCCAUCAUGAAAAACUCUCAGAACAUUGCACUAAGUGACAUUUUUCUGACAUUGGUCCUGCAUAAGCUAACAGAAACACUGUACAAUGCUACAAUGGCAGGAUAUGA